ACAGGGACAUCACCGGCAAAGGACUAGCACCUCUGGGGACACUUGCACUAGGCUGGGGGGCAGAACUGCAGCUCCUGGAGGGCAAGGGUGACAGGGGGGAGAUGACAGGGAAUGUGUGAACACCCAAGUGACAUGGUGCCGGGAGUGGGGGUGACCUGCUGCCCUGGCCUGGUCAGAAACACGCAGGUGUGGACACCCACGUGACUGGCAGUGUGCUGUCCUGUGGGGCAGACACACACACACACAUACACACACACACACACACCCCUUCUUGGAGAGUGAUGCCCUGUGAACCAGCGGUGCCAUCUUGGGGCUGCCAUACACACGCAUGUGCGCUGGCCAUGUAAGGAGAGCCCUGCAGGGGUGCCCACACACGGGACCCAGGGCAGCCCUACCAUCCCUCCUCUCAGCUCCCUCAACAACAUCAAGAAUGGCCCCUGAAUCUUGUCAGGAGGCUGAAGAUGCCGAGGAAGAGGCUUUCCCAUCCCUGGUGGACCGAGAACUGGUCAGCGGCCACGUGGGGCCUCCAGCCAGCGCCUCUGCCGACCCUGGGGCUCCCGCGUGCCCUCAGGACACCAAGCCCAGCUCCACCAGGAUGGUCUCCUCCGUCAGCCCGCAGUCUGCCCCGGAGUCCCUGGACCCCCGCACCCUGCGGCUGCUGUGGAGGCAGCGAGAACUGGAGAUUCAGGCCCUGCGGUGGGCGAUUGAGAACCACCGGGAGGCCCGACACUGCCGUAUCCUGCAGGAAGUGGCUGGGCUUCCAGCCGAGAGGAGCUCGCGCAGUCGGAAGUUCUUGCAAAACCAGGUCCAAAAGCUGACUCUGGAGUUGGAAGAGCACAAGGAACAGGCCCAGAUGGAGAAGGCACACCUGGAGGAGCGGCUGCUGCAGACCGGAAACACGCUGCGGCAGCUGGAGGCCGAGUUGCAGGCCUUGCAGAAGUCCUGCCUCCUGCAGCUGGCCCGCUCCUCCUGGGUGGGCCGCAUGCUGCGGUCUUCCACGGGCAGUGUGGAGGUGGUGACGGCAGAGACCCUGAUGGACCCCAGUGACCUCUCUGAGAACGAUCGGUCCCCCACUGCUGGGGAGGGUUUCCGGCUGGAGGAUGUGGACUGGAACAGCAUCGCCCACCGGUACCCCAACCUCUUCACCGACCUCGAGUCCAGCUUGGAUCAAAAGCACCCCCGGGCCCCGCCGCUCCCGGAGCUCCCACCGGCCACACAGCCUGACCAGUGGAACUCAGAGCCGUACUGCUGGCAGAGGGAGCAUCGUCUCAAGAGCGUCGAGUGGAGCUCCCUGCCCCUGGUGGGCGCCAGCAGCUCUGGGGGUGCCGACUCCGAGUCCAGCAGCUGCCUGCUGGCUGCACGCUAUCACGUGCAGAAAGUGACAGGGGACCCUCUCCAGGCGCCAGGCCACACUGCAGAGCAGAGGGAGGCACAGGCACAGAGCCUCUGCGGGGACAGUCGAGCAGCGUGGGCAGGCCGCCUCUCCCUGGAUCUCCGGAAAACCCACUCGGACAGGCAGGGCAGCAAUGGCCAGGAGGCUGAGUCCUGUGCGGAUCCCCACCCCCGGCAUUCCGGGCGCUGUCCAAGCCCCGCGGGCUCCUGCCUGAAGAUCGUGGCGGUGAGCCGCCGCCGGAGGUUCGUGCGCAUCCUCAACCAUUCGCUGGAGGAGACGGCCGACCUGGGUGGCUUCGUGCUGCAGCAGCUGGUGCGCGACUUCCCCGUGUGCAUGUACCGCUUCCCGCCCAGCACGCUGCUGGAGCCAAGGCACCACAUCACGGUGUGGGGCGAGGCGCCCGGCAGCACCAAGCGGCAGCCACCCUCCUCCUUGGGCCAGGAGCCCGUCCACUUCCACUCCAGCCGGGGCUGCGUGACCCUCCUCCUGAACCCCCAAGGCGAGGUCCUCAGCGAGCACCAGGCCGCGCACUGCGUGACCCCCGUGUGUAGGAUCUUCUCCGACAACACCGACUUGUCCAUCGACCGUUUCCCGCUCUCAGAGGCCCGGCCCGGUGCCGACCUCGCGGAGCAGCAGCCCCUGCCUCGACUCCCGCGCAAGGGUCGGGUGCAGGAGGCCCGGGCCGGGCGCCGGAGGCCGGGGACGCGGGUCCAGUUGCCCCGCCUGAGCACCAGCAAGCUCCUCCGCCAGCGAGAGGUGCCAGCGCGGCCCGAGGGCGCCGCCGAGACGCACCCAGAGCUCCUGCCCGCCAGCCCCAUCCCCAUCCCCGAGGCAGGGCUGGGCCUCGAGGACUGCCAGGCUAGGAAGGAACUCAAGGUCCGGGUGCGCCGGAAGAGCGUGGACCGCGGUUGUCCGAUGGUGGCGCUUUCGGUGCAGAGCACGGCCGAGAGCAGGUUCGGCUUCCGCUUCCUCAGCUGCCCGCCCAUCACCGCGGACUCGCGCUGGCCGGUGUAGGGCCGGGCAGGGCGGCGGCACCCGCGCCUGUGCUCCCGCGUCUCCACGACUGUGGCUGCGGAGCGGGGCGGGGAGAAAGCGCCGGAGGCAGGCGGUGCCAGCUGCAUAGUUUAUUGAACCAACGCCGCCUACCAACUAAACCGCAUUU